UAUUUUGUUACUGAUAUGCCAGUUGACCACAAUUAAGGAUCCGUGCUUAGUCACAGAACCUGUGGCUUAGCCAAUCCGUCUAUAUCCCUUGCAAUCCAACGUGGUCCUCGAUUGCAUAAUUAUUACUUUAUUAGAUAUAAUUGUUUCAAAAUAUUUCUUAGAUCAUAUUUCAUUAUUGCCGAAAAAUAUUCUUCUUUUGUCAGAGGCAAACAAUAACAACAUGGAUUAUCGAUUAUUACCCGGUAAUAAAGCGUGAAAUAUGGAUGAUACAACCCGCAAGAAAGCAACAAGCGUCGACCAAACUACAGUCACGAAAGGUACUAUACAAUUAUAAAUUAUUCGUAUAUUAGCUUUAUUAUUAUAAUUUUAUUGUCGACUGAAAGCAGCUUCGCCCUGUUUUAUCGAGCACUACUUCCUGAAUCUAUGAGCUGUGCUAACACGAAUAUAAUUCUGAAUUUAUGUUGCUUUACACGCCAUUUUUGGUCGAUAAUUUUAUAUUAAAGGCAGCCACUUCCUAUAUUAAAGACGACAUGCUUACGGAGUUGUUUUGUUCAAUUAGACGGUCAAGUAGCUUCGAAGCACUCUAAAAGUUUACGAAGUGUACUAAUUAACACUUCCUUUGUGUUAUUACAACAUUUUGUUUUAGUUUUAUAUUAAAGUUUGGGGGCUUUAACCAAUAUUUAUUGAACAUUUUAAAUCAUGUUUAAAGGGAUUUAUUGAUAUACUGGUUAUACUCAUGAAUGUCAUGUGCACAUGAAUAUUUAUAAGUGGUGUUUUUGCUUGAUUUUUUGACAUGUAACAUAAAUAUGUAGCUUCAUAUGAUAGCUGUUGAUUUAAACCAGUGUUAACAUUCUAUGUUUGAAAGUGUCACAAAGUUGCAAAUUUUUGAAACAAACAUGGCAGCUGUAUCAACAGAUGUCAUGUGUGUUCAAGCAUUGUUGCACAUAAAGCACUGUUCAAAUGAGUUCAACACUAUUGGCCCAACAAUACGUUCAAUAAUGUUAGAUAAAAAUUUUAAACAUAGUCAAGAUCAAUCCAAUAUUACCCAACACAAAAGAGGCCAUCAAUAUUACAUUCAACAAUAUGUGGGAUGAUAUUGGAGCAACAUGUUUGAACAGAGUUUAACAAGUUCUUUCUAAGUUUUGCAACAAGGUUAUCACUGGACAAAUUUAUGUUUUGCAUUUGCAAGCUGAAAACAAGCAGGCGUAAUGUUAGAUUUGGCUUUGCUUACUAGCAUGGGAUCAUUAUGUAUUAUGUACGAGUCCAAUCCAACCGCGAUCAGCCCCCCCAACCCCAGGACAUUUGACUUAACACUACCCCCGUAUAGGCGGGAAUUUGACGACCCGGUCGGGCAUUUGACCACUUGACAACUUGCUCAGCGGUUUUCCCUAAAAAUAUGUGUACAUUCUAGCGAUUCACAAGUUUUCUAUUUUGCGUCUUUUCGAUAGUUUAAACAAAAAGAAGAACUGCCUGGCCUAUUUUUCGUUCUUUUUAAUCUUGAAAUACCUGUUAAAUUUAAUUUUAGCCAAAAUUCCAGAACCAGGACUACCCCUAUAGCAGGGCAUUUGACUGUGGUUUCUGCCUGUUCGGGCGGGCAUUUGACCAAUUAUUUUUUCAAAAGUCAAAUUCCCUGGCGGUUGCCCGGGGGGGGGGCUGAUCGCGGUUGGAUUUGACUCGUACAUUAUUUUUAUAUUGCCCUCUGACCAGUGUUGUUGUGGUAACCAAGCAAACCUUGUGCCUCAACUGUGUUGAAUUUAUCCUGAAGAGAAUAAUAACAAUAUUUUUCCAAUAUACUUUUAGACAUAAAUAAUGAAGAAGGAGUUGAAAAGGCAAUACAUCCCAAACAAGUUGUUAAAAGGUAGGCUUUUAGUAUAUCAGAUAUUGGAAAUAAGAGCCCUUGAGCAUAAUCUAAAUAGAGCCAUACACACAAAUAUAUGUAAAGGUUUUAUUGAGAGUGAAAAUAAAACUUUUAUAUAAUAAAAUUUUUUGGAUGGCUCUCUUUAAAGCAUUAAGCUGGGCUUUUAUUUAAAUUAUCAUAGGAAUAUGUUUCCCACACGGAAAAUCACUUGUGAACAUAUUAGAGAUAUUAUAUACUAGCUGGUAUUUGAUUUAGUUAAAAUAUCUGUCAAUUAAAUGUUUACAGGGGCGUAGGAACCGGGGGGGGGGGGUCAUGGGGGACAUGUGCCCCCAAAUUUUUUCAAAGGACUAAAAAUGCCCAUUUUUGUGAUGAAAAGUGCCAUUUUUGUACAAGCUAAUGUGACCCUUUUUGUUUGGAAAUUUCCAAGUUUUUAAAAAAAAUUUGGUAAAAAACGUGCAAUUUCGGUAUAGACGACGGGAAAAUUUUUCUUCUUCCCACCCCCUUCGCCAAAAUUUCCGGGAAAAAUUUUUAGGUGCCCUUUUCAAUACCCUGAAGUGCCCCUAGAAGCCGGUGCCCCCCAAUCUUUUGAUGCUUCCUACGCCCCUGAAUGUUUAAUAACAAAGUAGGGAAUGCUAGAGAGCAAUUUAUAGGAUUAACCCAUUAAGUAGCAGCAUGCUCCCCUUGAUGAGUAAAAUUGUCUAGCAUUAGACAGUCUAAAGUUAUGCACUUAUAAGGGUAAAGCUCUGGGAUAAUCCGUUUCCCGGAAGCCAGGAAUCCUGGCUAAGACCGAACUGCGCAUUCCAUAUCAACGGCCAAUCAGAUUCCUCCCUGAAACGGAUUAUCCCAGAGCCUCACGUUCCUUCCCGAGUAUCACAGUCUCGGGGGACGAGAUUGCAAUGAUGGGCUGAAAGUCAAGCCCUUAUUAAUAAUUUUUUUAAUAUCCAGUCCCAAACCCCCACUCCCCCCUCGACCGCCUGGGCUAAGUAAAAUUCCACCCGGGAAGAGAAUCAGGACCCUGUCAAAAUCCCCACAACGCCACAAGGACACACACCCGAAGGACAACCAGGAUGAAGAUAGCUCAAGACCAAGGCGCCCCCCUCUACCUUCGCACCAAGCAAGCAUUAAAACCCCGGGGAAUACUGAUACAGGAAAUGGUAAGGAAGACAAAACAACAGAAAUGGGGAAAGUGUGCACUUCAGAAAAAUCCCUCCCAACUGGACAUAACAGCUCAUCACAGGAUAGACAUGAACAUCACGAGCAUGUAGGAUCACACCUUGAUACCUCCCAAGUGGAGACACAUUCUGUAUCAGAACAAUCACAAGAGCCAACAGAAAUGUCAGCCCAGUCUGAUACAAAACACAGUGGUAUCACUAAUGCUGAAAUUACCCAAGAUUCGCCCCCCGAAAAUAAGGCUGAGCCAACGAUUCCAGUAGCAACGAAGCCUUCAAGACCUGAGAACCCAAAAAUGUCUGUAGAAAGUAAUCCUGAGCAUGUUAUAACCAGCCUUUAUAAAAAAUCGCAACCUGAACGACCAAAGCCUCCUGUCAGAUCACCUUCAGUAACAACUGAUGAUAAAACAAACACUUUGGACAGCAGUGGCAAGAGUUCAACUGCACCUCCUGAAAAACCAACAUCCACACAUGUACCUAAAACACAUAAAAUUUCUCCUCCUGUCCUACCAAAACCAGAAUCACCCCGUGGUGGGAGAAAAUCUAAAACCAGUAAACCAUUAAAUGUUCUUGGAAAGCAAAGUCCCCCUGUUCAACCCAGGACACCCAAGUCCAAACAAUCUUCAAGACACGAGGUCCCAGAGCCAGCUAAAGAGCUAGUCAAGGGAAAUGAUGGAGACAGAUCCGGGACUUUUGAUGUUGAAACACCAAGUAAAGAGGAUACUGCAUCUUACUCACUUGAAAAUAGUUCAUCAGAGGUCGCUGCUGUGUCACAGACAACUGAAAAAAUUAGUUCCGCACCUCAGAACGAUAAUGUAUUUAAUGAAGAACUAGAACCAUCAGAGAAACCUUCUACUAUCAGUUCCCCCACAGAAAAACCGAAAGAGUUAGAAACAGCAUCUCAGAAGGAAACACCAGAUACGGUGAUUUCACCCAAGACACCAAAAACAACACAUGGAAGUGUUGACACUGAAACUCAGCCGAGGAAAGAGGCUAAACCACCUCGACCUCGCGCUCCGUCAAGAAAAACAGAAGAUAUUAUAAAUGAAAGUCCUGAUAAUUCAACACCUGAAAAAUCUCCAAUUAAACCAUCACGUCCUCUAGAGUCGUGUAAAGUUAAAGAAAUCCAGCAUGAAAACAACAAGACUGAAAAGGUGGCAUCCCCCAAGCCAUCAAGACCUUGUGCUCCAUCCAGAGGUUUAGAUGAACAGCCUGGUAAUGUUGUGGCUCAAGAAAUCCAGCAUGAAAACAACAAGACUGAAAAGGUGGCAUCCCCCAAGCCAUCAAGACCUCGUGCUCCAUCCAGAGGUUUAGAUGAACAGCCUGGUAAUGUUGUGGCUCAAGAAAUCCAGCAUGAAAACAACAAGACUGAAAUGGUGGCAUCCCCCAAGCCAUCAAGACCUCGUGCUCCAUCCAGAGGUUUAGAUGAACAGCCUGGUAAUGUUGUGGCUCAAGAAAUCCAGCAUGAAAACAGCAAGACUGAAAAGGUGGCAUCCCCCAAGCCAUCAAGACCUCGUGCUCCAUUAAGAAAAACAGAAGAAAAGAUUAGCCAUGAUAUUUCAAAGUUACCUGAAAACAUGCCAAUCCAACCACUUCCUCUGGAUGAACAGUCUUGUAAAGUUGUGACUAAAGAAGUCCAACACGAAAACACUGAGAAUGUGGCAUCACCUAAACCUUCUAGACCUUCCAAACCAACACGUCCUCCUGAAUUGUCAAAAACAACCAAAGAUGCUGAAAGCAAUGUAUCUCAAGAGACAGAAGAGAAUAAAUCAUUAAAACAUAAAAAUGUCGACAAACCAGAGAGGCCUUUUGAACCGAAACUUCCUGCAGUGGUAGCUAGAGAUUCGAGCAGUACAAAUAUCGUAAUAACUGACCCUCACAAGAACAAACCACAAAGACCGUCUAAACCAAACAUUUCUACUGAGUUAUCUAAGGAAUCAGGUUGUGACUCUACAAGCGAUAUACAGGAAGACGAACCUCCCCAGACUGUAGCGUCCACCAAACCACAAAGACCAUCAAAACCAAACCUUCCUAGUGAUUUAGCACAACCUAAGGAAUCAGGUUGUGACUCUACAAGCGGUGUACAGGAAGAAGAACCUCAGAAAACUGUAGCGUCGACCAAACCAGAAAGACCAUCAAAACCAAACCUUCCUAGUGAUUUAGCACAACCUAAGGAAUCAGGUUGUGACUCUACAAGCGAUAUACAGGAAGACGAACCUCAGAAAACUGUAGCGUCGACCAAACCAGAAAGACCAUCAAAACCAAACCUUCCUACUGCCGAUUUAGCACAAACUAAGGAAUCAGGUUGUGACUCUACAAGCGGUGUACAGGAAGAAGAACCUCCCCAAACUGUAGCGUCGACGAAACCACAAAGACCGUCAAAACCAAAAGUGUCAACAACAGCUGAGGAAACAGAAGACAUUUCAAAAGAUAACCACGAAAUUUUAGAACAUCAACAGUCUGUAUCUAACAAUCUGUCUAGACUUGAAAUGACUGUCGCACUAAAAGAAGCAAAGCAAAUAAACGAACAUCAUAUUGAGCCUGAAAGUAAUCAUUCGUUGAAGAAAACAGGUUCCAUUAAACCUUCCCGACCUCCUAAACCCAGCGAGACAACAGAAGUUAGUAAACCCAGACCGCCACGACCUCAAGCACCACGUCAUGAAAAGCAAGUAUCUGUUGAUAAGGUAGAAUCUGUGGAAACACCUCCAAAACCUCAAGAACACCAUCAUGAAGAACAAAUACCCCUUGAUGCAAACAAAUCUGUGGACACUCCACCAAAACCUAAACGACGAACCUUCGUCUCUGAAAGUCAUGAACAAGACAAAGAAGCUGACUCUACAAUGGACAUAGUUGAAAAACCGUCGCAUAUCAGAGAACAAAAUAAGGAAAGUGCGAAUGAGAUUAUGUGCAAUGAUCCUGAGAAAACUAUAAGAGAGUUACAGUCUAAUGAAGUAAAGGGAAAUGAUAUUGAAAGUGAUGAACGAAAAAUGGACGAUGCUUCCGUGGCGAAAUGUGAAGAAACAAGUUGUGGUGAAGAUAUUUCAAAGUUUUCUGAACAUUCAAAGUCAUUUAAACUUGCACGACCACCUCCACCAAACAGAACUAGUUCAGCUCCAAAGGAUGAAUCAGAAAAUGCUCCUUUUAUUGCAGUAAAGACGCAAGAAAAGCAAGAAACAUCCGAAAAAGAUAAAUCUAGUGACCGUCAUAGCGUAAGAUUUCGAGUGAGUUCCUUGUCUAAAACUGAGGUUGAAUCUUUUAAUAAGAAAGAAUUUGUCGAGAAACUGAAAGACAAAGGCCAUACUAGGCGGAACUCUGAAGAGGAUUCUGCCAGCGCUCCUCAGGUCGGACCCAAACCCUCUCGGCCACAUCCUCCCUCGAGUAGUAAAAAGACUGGCGCUAGUGGUGAACAUGAAGAGAAGGGGCAUGGAAACGAGGCUCCUGACGUCUUAGGACUUGGGAAUGAAAAUAAUUCAGAAGAAACUUCAAGUGAUAAACCUGGCGGUUUUGACGAUGUAAAUGAAUCUGAACGUAACGAUGUCAUUUCAAGUCCAACUAAUAAAGCAGCCAGUCUUGGGAAUGGAAUUAUAUCUGAUACAACUGCUAGUAAAACUGAUAAAGCGGGCAAGAAUGAGAAUGAGGUUCGAGGGAUUGCUAGCGGUGGAAUAAAAGAACAUACUGAUGUCGUGCAAAACCUACCCAGGAAAGUGAAACGUAAAGCUCCUCCUGUACCAGGAGAAAUACCUGACAAAAAUAUCGAGGUUCACGUACCAGGAGAAAAACCUGACAAAAAUGUCGAGGUUCGCCUGAAGCAGGAAGAUUUGGAUGUGAAGAAAAAUGAGGGAACAAUGAACGAUCAGGAAAAUUUCGAGACCACAAAACGAAAUGUUACGAGAGGAGAACACCAAGAUGAAAAUGUAGUUAGUCAGGUUGACGUGAAGACGAAAUCAGAACCAUUGACAGACAUUGAAGAACAAGUUAAUGAGUCUCCAGAUCAAGAAAAGAUAGAGAAUAACAAUAUAGAACAACUUAAAGAUCACGUUGAAGACAUCACAAUUGAACAUCAGGUGAUUGGUAAGGAUAAUGAUGAAGUGUGUGUAGUUGAGCAAACAGGAACACUCAUGGAUAAAGAAGAACCAGAUGUAAACCAUGCGUGUUCAGGUUCAGAGAAUCUAUCACCAGGCGAAACCGUGGGUGAGGUUACUAGCUCGGACAAGAACGUGAAAACGCAAGAGGUACGCGAGACCACGCAUUCUCCCAGCAAUGAAUCGUCGAAAAACGAUGUCCGGCGCGAUGAGGACGUUGGCAAGACGCAAGCAAUAAACGUCGUCCAAUCUCCGAAGAAGAAGAAGACGCCACCGCCCAAACCAAAGAGAACAUCCUCUUUGAAAAGAGAGUCAAAACUCGUCGUACCUAAGGUUCUUAUUUUUAAUAUUUAUAUAUUGAUUUCUCUAGUAGCCACCAUUUCAGACUACAACUGUUUUCUAAACUUUGAUAAUUGUUGUUUAUCAGUAAUGGCUGUUCAUAGUUGUGAUCAAUACUUGUUCAUAGUCUUUUAACGUUUAUUUUUAAAGCGCGACGCCAGUGAAGAAGAAAUAACAACAGAAGAUAGAAGAGUUAGCUCUUCAGAUGAACUGAAUGAAAUCUUGGAGGAAAAUGAUACUAGGAAACCAUCAGGUAUUAUUGACAUUUUUUAUAAAUAUUCAUUCACUAUUAGAUAAAUGUUUUGUUUAUACGUUUGGUUUUUACAAUUGCCUUGAAGCAAAUGUAAUGUACUGCAAUUGUCUUGAACCAAAUGUAAUGUACUGCUAUUGUAAAACCGAUCCACUACCUUUUGGUCCUCUUGUUGUCUUUUUUAUCUUCUCGACAUCGAAGAAGUCGUUGUGCCGUCAACAAAAGCUGUCAAAUUUAAUGAAAGCACUGUUGAACCAAAACGUUCUUCAAAUUCUGUAUCCCGCAGUAAGAGUUUUGCACCCCCUGGAAAAGGUCGCGCCAAGGAGAUUACUAGUGAAGAUAUCUCAGAUUCAGGGGGGAAAGGAAUAUCACGCAGUUUUAGUUUUGGUAUGAAGAAGAAACACCAACCACCAAGACCCAGUCCUCCAACUUUCUUCGUCAGUGAGACCAAAACAGAUGAGUCAGCAAAUUCUGAGAGUGAGGAACCAGGUAAAGAUGACGUCAUUGAAGUAGAAGAUACGUCAGCUUCACAAGAAGGUAGGAAACAAACCACUGACCUAAAUGUUCCUCAGUGACUAUUCCUGUCGGUUGACCAUCAAUGUUUAGUGAAGUGUUGUUUCUGCUUAGUCACAACUGACGCACUAACAAACUGUGCCAUCCAGUAAAGCAGUGACAUUAUUAAAUAUUUUUAUCAUUGUAGAUCUCGCGGAGUCAGAAACCUCUCAGAAUGACACAAAACACGCCAGCUUUCUUACAACAGAUUCAGAGUCAGAGAAUGAAAAGGCAAGAUAAAAACCUCGGAUAAAAAUUUUUGAUCUUCCCUUGGGACAACAAUUUUAUGUAGUCCGUAAAGUAAUAUUCCUGUCUUUGUUUAGGAAGAGGAACCUCAAAAAAGCAAGACUUAUUACAUCUCGAGGGAGAUUUUAUCCACUGAACGAACAUUUGUAGAUGUAGUGAAGCUGGUAUCUGAGGUACGUUCUUAACUAGUUUAAUACUACCAGGUCAGUCAUUUACUUACAGAAAUGUCUUUAAUUCACAAGCCUAGACGAAGGACCUACUUCAGAUUUCCUUUUGUAUAUGUACAGAUAAAACCAACCCGCAUUUCCUUUGAUUUGGUAACCUAUUAUUAUGUGCCCAUCAUAUAUAUUCAUUUGCAUGGAUGCUAUAAACAUUGAAUAUAUAUAUUAUUUAUUGAACUAAAUCUUUUGUCGAUUUUAAUUUCUAGGAUUUCCAAGAAGUUGUGGCAAAAGGAAAUAAGAAAUUUGGUCGAGCAAUCAUUCCUGAUGAAACAUUACAAGAGAUUGUCAUGAAUAUUUCUCAAAUUUAUAAAUUUGAUUCUGAAUUUUUGAAAGCUCUCGAGGACCGCAUGGAAACAUGGUAAGCUGGCGUCUCAGGAGCUAUAAACUCGUAAUAUAGUUAGCAAAGCCGUAGUUAUACAUAUAUACUUGACAUUUUCUUUUGCAACAAAAAAUUUAGGGAAAAAGAGCAAAGAAUUGGUGACAUUAUAAAGACAUUUAGCCCUUUCUUAAAAGUAAGUGGAUAUGAUAUUUCUUGCAUGUACCAAAGUUUCAUGAGUACAAUCAAUAGAAAUUCUUUACAUGUAGAUGAACAAAAACUCACGAUAAAUUCAUGUUUUCUUCAGAUGUAUAAAACUUACAUCCAAGGUUACGACAAUGCCAUGGCAGUCUUGACUGAAGCGUUAAAGAAAUAUCCACAGUUUGCUGAAGUUGUUCGAGAGUUUGAGGUAUGCUACCCUGGUUGGCAGAGGUUCUGUGUCUUUGCCUUAUUACGAGCGGGAAUAAGGCGAAAUAUACAGAACCUCUGGCACCAGGGUUGAGGUAUGUAUGUGUUUAUAUAGAACCACUCGUAACACUAAACUAAAUGUGUUUAUACUGGAUAGCUGUACCUGUCCAGCAAUGACCAUCUCUUGUUCAUCCAGGAUGUAUACUACAGGAAACUAUAGUACCAGAAGGAGACCAUUGAUGGCGGCAGAGUCAAGCUGGAAGCAGUCUCUUGCGAAUGUGCUAAAAUUAUAGCCGUGUUUUGUAUUUCUACAUUUGCAUAAUGGCAUUACGUUUGUUGUAUUUCUCAGUCUAGUGAAAGAUGUCACUAUCUUACAGUUGGAAUGUACAUGUUGAAACCGAUCCAGAGAAUUCCAAGUUAUCGUUUACUUCUCAUUGGUAAAUAUUGCUAGGUUGUUCAUAAUUCAUAAUGAUUUGUUGUUAACAAAUUAUUGAAGAUGGUUCAACACGGAACGGUGACGACUAACGGUGGAACAUGGGACAAUGACUAUAUUUCCGACAAUGAAACAAGCUGAUCCUGAUAUGAAGAUUUAAUUUUCGUUUAGAUUAUUUAAAACAUCUCAGUAAAGACUCGUUGGAUCACAAGGAUGUCUCAGGUGAGACCGCGCUCAGAAAUAUCUUACUCUAACAAAAGGUGUACUCAACCUUUGAACUGUUGACUUCUAGGACUUCAUCUCUGAAUUCUGUGUUGACCAGUAUAAGACAUAGUAGAAUGAAAAGACUCUUUUCUCACUGACUCGCUCUGAUAACUGCAGGUUGACCAUCAUCGAUAUUCUUAUGAAACCUACCCGAUGUAAAACACGUGAUAUUAUAUUUUAGAUGCACUCGCCAUUGUUUCAGAAGUUGCUACACAUAUUAAUGAAGAUAUGAAACGAGUGGUAAGUUCAGAUGAAUAUGUACGUAACGAUAUUUUACCAAUUUAUCGAGAAGUCUUUUAAUAGGUCGUCGAUAUAUCUUUUCACUUAAUAAUAUUACAACUUUUAGUAUUAAAAUAUUUUCGCCACCACCAAAUGUAUGAUUCCCCACUCCUCCCGUAAAAUUUGACAGGGGGUAUUAUAUUGGUCCGGGUCAUGUUUCAAGGAAUUUGUUGGCUUUCAUCACUAUUGAUCAUCUAAUAAAUUUUCAUGUCUUUGAACAUUUUUGAAAUAUUUUAUCCUUCUCGUGAUGACAUGCAGAUGCCGGCUUUCUAUUUUAGCUAACAAUGACUUAUAUGAGUAAAUAACCACAAAUAUGGUGCUCCAGUCUAGGUAUAGUAUUAAUACUAAGCUUUCUAACCUAUAAGCUACUGCCACAAAAAUUGAGAUUAAGAAAACCCCGAAGACCUUCAGUUUGGCUACUGGCAUUCAAUAAUGGUAACGAAGGGCUCGAAACGUAAUGUCAACGAAGUUUUGUCUUCCCCAACUAGUUGCGACCAAAAGAAAACAAAUUACAAAAGAAUUUCUCUGAUGGUUGAAAACAUGUGUUUUUUCACUAUACAGUAUUAAAUUUCACGCCACUUCACCUUUGCCAUUGAGACAAACCUCAAAUACGAUUCUCAUAUUGCAAAUGAUGAAUUAAUUUAAGACGCACUAAAAUCUGUCGUUAUAUAACCGUGUAAAAAUAUAACAAACUUCGUGCCGCUAUACUGGCCGCGAAAAUAGUGAAAUUCCGGCAUGUAUCAUGCUAGAUGGCGGGCCAAGACAGUUUAAGGUUAGUCAUGUCUGUGUUUUAUCUCAUUAUGCUGGAUUUAAAACUAAGCUGGCGGGGUAUUCAUGCCAACAACUAUAUUGCCUUCUUUGGCAUUUUAUUCAGAUAAAACAUAAUCCGUAUUUGAAGUAGGUUUAUGUUUUGGGUUUGAAACGAUUAGUAUCAUCGGAAUAUGUUUUCACAAUUCAGCGAGCAAUGACAAAGUGAAAUAUACGAAGUGAAAGUAAACAGCUAUACAGCGACGUGGUAGCGUGGCCUAUGUCAGAGAUAUCAGGGAAACAUGGCACAAUAUAUAUUCAUGAGAAAAACCCCACACUGCAUGAUUAGGGAUUCUUGAUGUUUCCUCCAGACCGGUAUUGUCUAGAGAUCCGAUAAACUAAACUGUGUACAGGCCUGCGGCCAUCGAAUUCCCCGGUCUUCUCGAAGGCUCCAGAUGAGUGACAUCACGCGCAAUGCAGAGCUUACCUGGUGUUUGUUUUGACAGGAUAACUUUGAAGAAGUUCUCAAAGUUCAAAGAAAUUUGGUUGGAGAAGUUGAGAUAGUUAAACCUGGCAGAGUAAGUAACAACGACUCCUUCAGUAAUGGACAAUUCCCAUUAUAGACUAAUUUUAAAACUAGGCAAGGAGACUCAAAUAAAUCACCACAGCUAGAAAGAGCAUACUAAAAUUAGUAAAAUUGCAAAGUUUGGUUGCGAAAUGUUGUAAAAUGUGGAAAAUAUAGCCUUGCAAAGUUCGCAAAUUUUGUAUACUUUUGUAUUGCGUGCGGAAAUUCCUACCACAUUCCUACCACAUUUAGGCCGAAAAUGGCCGCACGCAAUACAAAAGUAUACAAAAUUUGCGAACUUUUCAAUGCUAUAUUUCCCACAUUUUAUAACAUUUCGCAAGCAAACUUUGCAAUUUUACUAAUUUUAGUAUGCUCUUUCUAGCUGUGGUAAUUUAUUUGCAUCUCCUUGCCUAGUUUUAAAAUUAGUCUAUAAUGGGAAUUGUCUAUUCUUUCUUUGUCUGCCACUACCACAGUACCACUUCAUUCCAUUUCAUCCCUUUUCACUAUUAUUCCUAGUUCCCUUAUUUCGUCUCUUUCACCCAAUCCAGUUUUUCUCUCCUUGCUAUGUCCACUAUCACUCCGUUAUUUUUUCUCUUUUACCCAUUCCAUGCAAAUCAAUUCAAUUGCUGUGCUGAGUGGUUAUAUUACUACCUGAAAUAAACAAGCAGAAACUCGACGUUUCGAGCGAAGGCCCUUCGUCAAGAGUUAGUAUACUGUAGCCACUAACUCUUGACGAAGGGCCAUCGCUCGAAACGUCCAGUCUUUGCUUGUUUAUUUCAGGUAGUAAUAUAACCACUCAGCACAGCAAUUUCACAUUGGUACUACCCACACUGGUACAGACAGUUUUAGUAUAAAUCAAUAGACCUUUCCCCUUUUAAAUGAAAUUUUGAUCUAGACAAGUCUGGACAAAAAUUUUAUUACAGCUUGAAAGAGCAUCACAAAAUUAGUUAUUUUUCCGAAGUUUCGUUGCAAAAUGUUGUAAAAUGUGGAUGCUAUAGACAGACAUAGCCUUGCGAAGUUUGCCGUUUUUCAGUCAUUUUGUAUUACGCACGGGAAAUUGAUAAUCAGAUGAUCAAACUGAUUAUCAAUUUCCCAUUUGUAAUACAAAAUGACUGAAAAACGGCAAACUUCGCAAGGCUAUAUUAUCCGCAUUUUACAACAUUUCGCAACGAAACUUUGGAAUAUUACUAAUUUUGUGAUGCUCUUUCAAGCUGUGAUGAAAUUUUUGUCCAGGCUAGUCUAGAUCAAAAUUUCACUUAAAAGGGGAAAGGUCUAUUCAAUGCCUGUAAACCCUUAUUUGGAGCAUGUUUCUGACCUAUAUAAUGUACUCAUCCUUUAUUUUAUUCAGCAAACUUUUGUUUUUCAUUUUAAUAUUCCAUCCUUUCCAAAUCUCAUCCGUUUGAAUCUCACUGAAAUCAUUCUCUCAGGAGCUUAUAAAGGAAGGUGCUCUUAUGAAACUAUCUCGUAAGGAAAUGCAGCCGAGAAUGUUUUACUUAGUAAGUAUAUUAAAUAUUUCUUAAAAUGUCUCAGUUGAUUUGCCUUGACACAAAUUUCUACCAUUGCUUAGCUAACUGAUGUUUUGCUCUACACCACCCCUGUCGCCAACAACCAAUUUCGUCUCAAUCUCUCAUUGCCAUUGGAGGAAAUACAGGUAUUUUGAGCUCUCUUAAAUAAACUAAGCAUCACAAAAUUAGUAAUAUUCAACAAACACCAAACACCCGAUUUGGGUAUCAAUUUCCCGUUUGUAAUCUAAAAUUACUGAAAAUUGCAAACUUCGCAAGGCUAUAUUAUCCGCAUUUUACAACAUUUCGCAACGAAACUUCGGAAUAUUACUAAUUUUGUGAUGCUCUUUCAAGCUGUGAUGAAAUUUUUGUCUAGACUUGUCUAGAUCAAAAUUUUAGUUAUAAGGUUAAAGGUCCAUUAAGUUAACUAUUUCGCCAGAAUCUUAGGGCGCUUUCCAUUUAAUGUCCUGACCGGUCAGACCCGAAUUCUUUUCUCUGUAUCAAUGGAAAGAUCUGGCCUAUAUUUUUCAAAUAUCUAACGAAAAUGGACCUCAUUCUAAUGUUAGCUAAAUUUUCCGGUCAGAUAGGUCCGAAGCCCAAAUGUUAAGUGUUCCAGUCAGCAAUUUAAUUGUACUGACCGUUCUGGCCGUGUUAAUGGAAAGCGCCCUUAGUUAAUAUUGUCUUUGUAUAGGUUGAGCUACCGGUCUCGCCAGAUUUCGAAAAUGAAUUCAGUAUCAUUAGUACCAAGAAAUCAUUCAUAUUGUCAGCAAGGUUUGUAUAUUUUUAACAUGGCGAAUCACUUUUGUCUGUUAUGUAACAUAACCACACGUUCUACAGUGGAAAAUGUUUCUUUAAUAACUUGUAUGGUAGUAAAGAUCUUUAUUAAUCAGGAAAACUAUCUCACAGUAAGUGAUUUUUAGAUCCUGACAAUUUAGUGAAUUCUUGGUUUGCGCUUAACGUCAUGGCGGAUAGGAACGUUAAGAAAAGAAUAUCAUUAACAACUUUUGUAUUUAUAGCGUAUUUUCAUCCAACAUAGCAGUCUUCAAUGUCAAGGGACUGGCUGCAAACUACCAAUAAAAAUACUAACUUAGUUAUACAUGCGGUAGUCAAGUGCCUGCUUAAACGAUCGAAACUUUUCCAGGCAUUUCCUGUUUCUGUUAAGUGUAUUGGAUGUUCGUAAUUAAAUCACGCUAUCGUUCUUUGCACUGGAAAUUUUAUAUUUUCAUGACAUAGACUUUUCCUAAAGGUGUGAUUUUAAUUCAAUUAUCACGUGUGAUUUGAAAUUCAGUCAUCACGUAAAUAUCCCUGAGUUUGUAGAGUAAACAGUUAUGAAUGAAGGAUUGAGCAUUCUGUUAUGAAAUAUCACUUCAUGUGUUUGUUAAAUUUUGUUUUUUGUAACGUUUAGCACAGCGGAUGAGAGAGAUGAAUGGCUCGAGGUAUCUUUGAAUAUUUUCUUUUUAAAAUUCCAUCACUCAAGCAUUAUUCAAUUCUACCUGAAGUACUGUACUACGAAUUUAUAUAGUCGCAUGCAGCCACGACAGAAUGAUAUGUAUAUUUUCUAUUUUUAGGCAUUACGAAAUGCUUCGGAUGAAAUCCGUAAGAAGAAAAUAACAUUUCGUCUUGCUAAGAAAGAAAAAAUGGAGGCGGUAUGUAUUAUAAACUUUAUCUUCCAUUCUAAUAAUGUUGUUUGCUGUAAUCUUUCUAUUACAAGAGGGAGGCGUGAGGGAGGUGUGUUGAUAUUAAUCUGUUUAUUUGGCCGUAAACUUUAGUAAGUGUUAGUAGAUGUUGCCAUUUAUGGGGAGCAAGAAAAUUAAUCUACAUCCCUCAAUUCUCUUUAUUUGCUACUAAAUACAUUACAUCUGGGGCUGGUUGUUCAAAAGUGGAUUAACGCUAACCCUCGGUUAAAAUUUCAUCUGUUGUUUUAGUUUGUGUAUUUCUGCACUUGUGUUUGUUUCAAAACUUCAGAGAAGACAACUCCUACUGAUUCAGACAAGAUCUCUGAAGAAAUAUUUCAAAAUUUAUAAACAAUAUCUGGGGAGUUUGCUUUGGAAUUUUAAGUUAACCUAGGGUUAAGUUAACCCAGCUUUGAACAACCAGCCCCUGAUGAAGAGAUAACCAACAUUUUCUCAGAUAAUCAUAAUCAUAAUCAUGCAGAUAAUCAUAAUCAUGCAGAUAAUCAUAAUCAUGCAGAUAAUCAUAAUCAUAAUCAUGCAGCUGAUAAUCAUUAUCAGCUGCAUGAUAAGCCAAGUCUUGGUUUUCUUCACUUCGUUCGACCCCGAGUGUACAGAAUAUUUCACGAGAUGUUCCUCAACAUCAGAAAUAUUAACACUUACGGAAAUAAUAUAUUCUUUUACUCUAGCUGUUCGAUGCCCAACACCAGGAUGACGAUAAAGAGGCAAAGUUGGGCUCUAAAGCUCCUGUGUGGAUCCCGGAUGUUCGUGUAACCAUGUGUAUGGUGUGUACAGAUGAUUUCACUGUCACCAACAGAAGACACCAUUGCAGGGCAUGUGGCAAGGUAUGGUACUAGCUGCAUGCUAACAUAUGAACUUCGCGGUUUGCAUUUUGUAUUUUUGUUAUGACGUCUUGAAAUCAUCACACUGAACAAUCUGGAAAUUGCUUGACUAUGGAAAUUGAACCCGAAAUUUUUACCAUUCAAUAAAGUCUGAUUUGUAUAGCCAGUUUCAUUAAUCAUUAAUGUGAAUCCUUGAACAAACAUGGCUAUCAUUUGCAUACAGCACACAAAGGACAGUAAAAUUACGAUUAUUAUAUAUUGUCAAAUCUUCACACAUUUGUUGAGAUAUUUGUACAUUAGACAGAUUGUUGACAGCUUUUAUAUUUCAUAAAAUUAUUUCAGAUUAAAUUUCAAAACAUUCUUUGCUAGAAAUAUAUAAAUACAUUUUCUGUCUGUUGCUUUUGUCUGUGCUUCAUACAAUUUUAAAUAAUUAAUGAACUGUAUUUCUAAGUUUAUUGUAUUUUACUUUGUGACGAAUUAUUCAAGCAUUUCCCGUUGAAAAUGCCAAACAAAUAUUUUAAAAGCAAAUAUCUUUAAAAAGCAAAUAUCUUUGAAAACCAAAUAGUUUCUCGCAAUAUAAAUGUCCAAAUAUUUUACAUCCUUAAGAUUUUGAUGUCUAAAUUAUUGUAUGAAUAUUUUAUCAUUGAAAUUGUUAUGAUCUUUGGUUUGUCACAUUCUUUCAGUUAUAGCUGAUAUAUUUGACGAAUAUUUUCUUUACAACUUCUCAUAUUACAUGCAGUUCGUACUAGUAGCAGGACGAAGCGAUAUUGUCCGGUGUAUGUUAAAAUAUUGAAACAAUCAUUCGCUCGUUUCCUGCUCGAUAUAGUACAUUAAAUAAACAUCUUUAUUAUCCAAAUUAUUGUUGGAACAUUCAGUAAUAUUCUCAUGUGUCGAUUCAAGAAGAUCCUCCUGUCUUGUGAGAUGAGCCUCUGCUGUGAGAUCAACACCCUCCUGUCUUGUGGCCUCUCGUGUGAGGUCAUCAUCUUUACAUUUGAUCUGUAUUAAGACAGGUUUCACGCCGUCAAUAUAAGCCACAUGAAAUUGAUCUCCCCACUCUCCACCUACCAGCGUUUUCUCUGAAUCUUGCACUCGAAUUCUUUCUCGGAAACAUCGUCCGUUAUUCAAGUCUUCGUCAUCUUUUCGUUCAGUAUCAACUUCAAGACCGUAGCUAUCUCCUAAAGUCUCCCAGUCAUUCUCGCAGAAAUAUAAUUCCUUUCGUUCUGAUCUCGUAGGACUUGUUAAAACUGUCAUUACAGUGGACGAAUCUUGCUCUCCUCGUAAUAAUAUCUUUCCUUUUGGUGUUGUGACCCUCAGUUUUGUCGGUGUGCCACGAUAGACACUCAUUUUAGUUGUUUGUUUCGCUUACCAAAUAUAUCACAAUACUUGCAUCCUACAUGAAUGAUUGAACGACUCAAUUUGAAUUCUCAUCAUUGCUAAUGAUGACAGCCCAAUCAUGCACGACCGCCUUGUCUCGUGAUUGGCUGAUUGAAGUAAAAGCUCUUUAUUCGGUUUAGCAGAUUUUCAGUAUUGAUAAUGAAAGACCAUGCAGAAAAAUAAUAAGCCGGAAUAUUUUAAGUCUUUGUCAACACUCUCCAAAGAGCGUGAUCAUAGCCUGCGUAUACCUGGGGUUUUAAAAGUUUGGGGUUGAGACGCGGGCAGCGAAAAUUAGGGAGGCCUUGCCGAUCAGGAUUCAUAAUUUUGCGACAAACUUUAAAGUAAAGUUUUAGGCUUUAUAUGUUUUAUAUUUUGCAUAUCUUAGGUGAUAUGUGGCUCGUGCUCGUCCAACUCCGCUCCACUGGCCUAUCUGAAUGAUGAAACUGCCCGAGUUUGUGAUGUCUGUUACGAUGGUAAGAUUCAUUUAAUGUUCAAAUUAUAUCAGCUUGCCUGUAGAACGUACCGGUUAUCCUGAUGAAAAAACAACGAUGUGUCUUCCUAGAUCUGACAGACAAGAAAUCUUCAACACAGACUGCUGUUGAAACGAAAGAAAACGGAGUUACUACAGAAACAAAGGACUCGGCUACAAAAAUUAAUCCUGUAAAAAAAAGUCGAAAGCACAGAUUCUUUAAAUCUAAAGAGGUAACAUUAAAGCCCCAGUGAAACCAGGGUGAGGCAGUCACACUUUAUUACAGGGGAUAUUUGAAGCUCUAGACUAACAAAAUAAACGGCUUUGAUGAGUGUUGUAACCAUGUUUUACAUUAAAUAGAAUACAUGAUAGUCUUGGAAAAACAUUAAGAACGACUAACCAAAGUCGCGAGACUCAGUGCCAACUCUCAUCCUGGUUUGAUCCGAGCUUAAGUUUUUAUUCAAAAAUUACUGUCACUGAGCAUUACAAUAGUGCUGUAUACCCAGUUAUCGUGUUAUAUUACUGUCACUGAGCAUUACAAUAGUGCUGUAUACCCAGUUAUCGUGUUAUAUUACUGUCACUGAGCAUUACAAUAAUGCUGUAUACCCAGUUAUCGCGUUAUAUUACUGUUACUGAGCAUCACAGUAGUGCUGUAUACCCAGUUAUCGUGUUAUAUUACUGUCAUUGAGCAUCACAAUAGUGCUGUAUACCCAGCUAUCGCGUUAUAUCUCCAGGUUCCAGCGGCGCAAGAGUCUACAAUCAGUGGAUAUUUAAAGACACGUGUUGGUAAGAAGUGGCAGAAGAAGUGGUAUGUGGUCAAAGACAACGUCCUUUACGCUUCAAAAGCAAGCUCGGUAAGUCUACUGGGAUAAAGGCGCCAGUGAAGAAUACGAAAUCUGCAGAAGUUCAAAAGUUAUUUUUGUUAUUUUUCAGGUAGUUUGCAGUCUAUUAGUGUAGUGUAAGUGUGAAACAGCGAGGUAGCAGAUUGGAACCAACUCACGAUUGAUUUAUUUACCAACAUGUCAAAGACUACUAUACAAUUUUAUUUUGUGUAGGAUCCAGCCGCACAAGAAACCAGGCCCUUACUUGGAUAUGAUGUUCGAGGUCCGGAGAAGGUAGAAUGAUGUUUUUUCUGUACAUGGUUCUGUUGUUAAAAGUCUUGUAUUUUAUUGACAUUCAAUACUGUUUUAGAUGGAUGGUGAUAGUAAAAAAAUCGUCUUUCAAUUAAUUCAUGCUGGCACUGAACCUGUCGUCUUACAGACAGAUAAUAUGAAACAUGGGGAACAGUAAGUAUACCUCGGCAAAUACAGUUUUAAGCUGAUGGCAGAGAUUUGACAACGCGGCGCGAGGUACAUCUAUAACUCAAAAUAUUAUGGUGCUUGUAAAUAAAUUAAACCAGGAUCAAAGCUAACGAUCAGUGAAAAUUGCGCCUCGUUAUCGAGGCCUGUGUGUCUCGGCCUUUAAUCCCUAACCCGGCUUUUGUUGUGAAUGCAAUUUGUACACUGGCGAGCUAGCCAAGCAACAAUUCAUGCUAUGCGAAUUCUUAAUGAUUUCUAUUGCCCUUAGAAAUCUAUUGUCUUGCAUGGAGUGGAAUUAACAGUACGAGUCAUGUUUGAAAAUUUUGCUAAGUUUUACGAGUCGAUCACAAUCCUUAGUUCUUGUUUAACCGCCAUUGCUGCCUCAAGUUGCACGCCUCUCAGCCGAUCAAAUAGCACUGAGUAAUUUUGUCAUGCUUAGGGACCGGUCAUUAUUUAUGGCGGGGGGUGGCACCGAAGAGAAAAGGGUUGGGUAAACUAAAUUUUGAGUAAGUAAAAGGUUGGGUAAAUGAAAAACAAAACAACUCAAGGGUUGGGUAAUAAAAAGUUAUAGUCAUAUGUCAAUACAAUAAGUGAAUCAAUCAGUCACUGUCUUGAUCAUUUUCCAAUUUGUUAGAAGACAAAUGUGUUUCCAAAGAAAGCACAUGUGCAGACAACAUGAUACAUUAGACUACAGCAAAUUUCACAAGCAGUUAUCUAACUCCUGUCACAGAAAUCGGGAAAAGGACAUAUGUGACAACUGAAUGGUAACCUUUUGUAAAGUUUAAUUUUAGCCAGGGGUGGGUAUUUAUUUUUUACUUGAUAUUUGAGGUUGGGUAAUCAAAUUUUUGACUUUUUAAUGGUUGGGUCAGCAAAAUUUUUGCCACGAAAAACAUUUCUCUUCGGUGCCACCCUCCACCAUAAAUAAUGACCGGUCCCUUAUUGUAGUAAAUCUAACACAAACUUUGAUUGGUUCAGUAUUGCGUUACGAAUUGUCUUUGGCAAUUAUUCUGUGUAACAUUACUUUAAAGCCUGCUUCACACGAGAAAAACUUGCUGAGCCAACCGCCUCGUGUAACAGUUAGCUCAGCUAUGUACUUUCACCGCACACGUUGGGAAAACUACUCAACAACAACAUAAUUGACAAAAUCAUUUGCAUUUCCCUCCAUUUGUUCAAAGUCACAUGAAGAAACUAUGGUCUCUCAUUGGCCAAUUGAUUCAAGCAGCUCAGUACUAAGCUCGCAACAUUCGCAGACGCUGAGAUUUUUUCCUCGUAAGGUGAAAAAUAUUAAACACGAUAGAUAUUUUCCUCGAGAGGUCAAAUCCUCACGAGAACUAUUCGCACAUGAGAGAAAUUUGCUGAGCUAGCUGCCACGCGAGGCGGUUAGCUGAGCAAGUUGCUCUCGUGUGCGGCAGGCUUAACGGAGUUAGUACUUACUGUACCAAACAAUUUUUACAAUAACUUGUUUUGUUGUUUUUUAGAUGGGUUAACGCUUUACGACGUGCGACAAUAUUGCCGCUGUAACCAAGGGGAAAGUUGUUAUGCAUAGUAUAGUUUAAUAUCCUAUAGUUUUAUACGUGUGACAGCCAGAUGGCAAAAUAAAAAAACACGACUUUAAUCGCGAAUAACAUCCCUGCGAGCAUGUCUUAAUUACCAUAAAAUUCAAGUGCUUGGUCUUGGGACAAAAUAUAUAGUUUUGGUAAUACACAAUUCCUGACCAUAAUUACGUCAGAAAUAUUACCUGCGUAGGAGCCUCGCUAUUAUGAAUAAACUAUAAAGACGGCACUCACGAUUCGCGAGAUUUCCAGGUUAAUAAACUUUACAAACAAAAGUAUUAUAUGUUUUAUCGCCAUGCAAACCUACAAAGAACUUGAAACAAAAAGUUCAAUAAACAGGAAAAUUAUGUUUCGCUCGCUACUCUGGUUUAAAUAAAUGAUUACAAAGCCCAGUCGAACUGUAACAGGGUCUUGAUUACAGGGUCUUGAUUGCAAUUCGACUGGGCUUUGUAAUCAUUUAUUUCAACCAGAGUAUAGCGAACGAAACAUGAUUGAUAUACCUGUACGCACGCAAUCUCGAAGUAUAAGUAUACGAAGUAAGCGCUGUUGCAUUUUAUUACGAGCAUAUUAAAUUAUAAAUUUUGCUUUUAUAAAAAUAUGAUAACUUGUUUUCGUGUUUGAGAUGUUAGGGUUGAACAAAUGUCACAUACACGAGAACCAGCUGUAAAGCCAAAGUGCAUGAGUUUCCGGCAGGGUGUAUUGAUUCUACACCUUCAAGCAGUACGCAAAUUUGAAUGCAUAUUGUAAUAAUUUAGUUAAGUAUAUUAAUAAAAUGAAAAUAUUAAAUAUGUAAAUGUGAAAAUUUAUAAUCCAGCUGUGUGAAUUAAUAUAGUUAUAAUCAGUAAUCUUUAGUUUUUAAUUUACUACUAAAACUUGCGGCGUAAAUUACAUAUGGAAAUAUUUUUGCAUUAAAUACAGG